UGGGCAUGACUGCGGACCGCAGACCCAGAAUGACAGCACGGGUCUGUAGAUAUAACUGCAGUGUGCAGAUAGGAGAGGUGUUUUUCUUUCGCGAAAAGGCAAGACACGACGUUGCUAUUGCGGUCACGGCUCGCGAGUAUAUCUGAGCAUAGUUACGAGGGCGUAGAAACAGUUAAUUUAGCUGGAAAUAGUUUGCUAAGACGGGACUACUUCUAAACGGUUCCCUACCCCUAUGACUACACACAUUUUAAGGAGACAAGAGUUGAAAAGUUAAUCGUCCCUCUCCUCCAGAAUCGUAACGGAAAUGCUCAAUGCGGCUCAUCGCCUGCGCUUCGGAGGCGCAGAGAUGUCCCAGAAGAUCCAGGCGGGCCCCGUGGUGGAGAUGCAGGGGGACGAGAUGACCAGGGUGAUCUGGGAGCUCAUCAAGGAGAAACUCAUCUUCCCCUACGUCCAGAUGGAGCUGCACAGCUUUGACCUGGGCAUGGAGAACCGCGACGCCACGGACGACCGCGUGACCGUGGAGGCGGCGGAGGCCGUUCGGCGGCACGGCGUGGGGGUGAAGUGCGCCACCAUCACCCCCGACGAGGCGCGCGUGCGCGAGUUCGGCCUCAAGGCCAUGUGGAGGUCGCCCAACGGCACCAUCCGGAACAUCCUGGGCGGGACCGUGUUCCGCGAGGCCAUCGUCUGCCGGAACAUCCCCCGCCUGGUGACCGGCUGGGUCAAGCCCAUCAUCAUCGGCCGACACGCGCACGGAGACCAGUACAAGGCCACAGAUUUUGUGGUGCCUGGCCCGGGGAGGGUGGAGAUGACCUACACCCCAAAGGUUGGGGACCCCGUCACGUACGUCGUCCACGACUUUGAAGGCACGGGGGGCGUGGCCCUGGGGAUGUACAACACGGACCAGUCGAUCCGAGACUUCGCCCACAGCUCCUUCCAGAUGGGCCUGACCAAGGGCUGGCCGCUCUACCUCAGCACCAAGAACACCAUCCUGAAGAAGUAUGACGGCCGCUUCAAGGACAUCUUCCAGGAGAUCUACGACAAGGAGUACCGCGGAAAGUUUGAGGAGCAGGGCAUCUGGUACGAGCACCGGCUGAUCGACGACAUGGUGGCGCAGGCCAUGAAGUCCGAGGGCGGCUUCAUCUGGGCCUGCAAGAACUACGACGGGGACGUGCAGUCCGACUCCGUGGCCCAGGGGUACGGGUCGCUGGGCAUGAUGACCAGCGUGCUGAUCUGCCCUGACGGACGCACCGUGGAGGCUGAGGCAGCGCACGGCACCGUGACCCGCCAUUACCGCCAACACCAGCAGGGCAAGGAGACCUCCACCAACCCUAUAGCCUCCAUCUUUGCGUGGACGCGCGGGCUGGCCCACCGGGCCGAGCUGGACCAGAACGCCGAGCUGCGCGUCUUCGCCCAGGCGCUGGAGGCCGUCUGCAUCGACACCAUCGAGGCGGGAUUCAUGACCAAGGACCUGGCCGCCUGCGUCAAGGGUCUGCCCAAUGUGACACGCUCAGAUUAUCUCAACACCUUCGAGUUCUUGGACAAGCUUGCAGAGAACCUGAAGAUUAAACUGUCCAGCCAGCCUAAGCUCUGAUUCCUCUCCACACACAGUCUCUCUCUCUCUCUCUCACACACACACACACUCACACACACACACACAUACACACUCACAAUCACAAACCAAUUCACACCCCUGCAGUAGAAACCCUUCUGUCCAGCACUGCGUAGCGUCACACUGCAGGCGGUCUGUUCCGUCCUGCACCAGAACCUGUCCAGUCAGAAACUGGACUCCUCGCUCCGUCUGGGACAGGAGUGUGUCCAGCGGGGGGGGGGAGAGGACUGGGACUGCGUGAUUCCGAAGGGAACGCCAGGACUUCGAAAGGAUGCCGAGAUGUACUGGCUGCUCAGCGUAAAGCCGGGAAUCUGGAAAGGUUCUGGAACAUUCUCUAAACCCUUGCGCUCUCCGCCCCUCUCCGUGAUGGGCCUUCCUGUCUGUGCACUACUGCUGUCGUAUCCCGUUUCCUAAUUGUUUUUUGUUUGUACGUAUAAUAGCGUUCGUACGUUCACAAUGUGCCCCCACCUCCCUGAAGCAGGACUGUAUCUGUACGCAAGAAGAAUAGCCAUGUUUACAUAACAAUCGACUGUGAGGUCACAAAUGUGUGACUAGAAUGUCCUUAACUGCACACUCUAAUGCUGAUGUAACAAUCGCUACUGGCAACUGAAAGCAACUGAGUUCUAGACGCAAAUAAAGUUGUAUUAUGGAAUGCAA